CCUCAAGGCGACACUCAACGCCCUUCAAUUGCUUCCACAACCCGCUUUUUCUGUCAUGAAAAGGAGUUUCUCAUCGUCUCAAUUUCUGUGAAUGGCAAGCUUGCCCACGCUUUCUACCAUGUCUCUCCCUUUCUCUCUCACAGCGACGUUCCGCAGUCUGUCCUUGACAGCUUCAACGAGAUCCUUUUCUACAACACGAAUUACCCAGAAAACCAAACAACUACCGGAUUAUAUUCCCCCAUAUCCCUAUGGCCCGAAUUAUAUCUACAAGCAAUCCAACUCCGGCCUUUACGGAGGCACAAUGAUCCAAUUUGGAAACAAAAUCUCCAAGGGCCGCAACGAAGGGAAAACGCGACGGUUCUGGAAGCCUAAUGUCCGAAGAAAGAAGCUCUGGAGUGAGGCGCUUGGUGAACACCUUUAUAUCAAGGUCACCCGAAAGGCUCUACGAACGAUCUGGAAGUCUGGAGGUCUCGACAACUACUUGCUGGAUGACCGACCUGGGCGAGUCAAGGAACUGGGCAUGUUUGGAUGGGAACUUCGAUGGCGAGUGAUGCAAACACCGAAAAUCCAGGAGCAAUUCCGACAUGAACGACAGCGCCUGGGAUUGCCGGAGCCCCCUUCUUUUGAGGAAUGGAUGAAACAGAAGGAGGCUGAGCUGCAGGCGAAAGUGGAGGAAGAUACCAACAUCAAGGAGAUCACCAAGCCGACCUACAAUGAGAAACUAUACUAGUGGGGUAUUUUUAUAUUUGCUCCCACUGUUAACCAACGGAUAGGCGUCUGUAUUAUUAUUAUGAGGAUUGUUUGAGUACUGGCAUCCGCUCUAUUCAAGGAGGGCUGGAGAGAAUUAUCGAAGGUUUUUUUUUUUUUUUUUUUUUU